GGUGUAGAAUGGGCAUUAGUGUAGGAACAGAAAACGAGCCUCGUGUAUCGUUUAUUGCGAGACGAACGACCCGGUCAAGCUUUAACAAGGUCGCUUCCGCUCGGUAUUAUUUCGUCUCUCUCCCCCGAGAAGACGCGGACAGAGGUCUGGAAGGGCGAACGCGGCUGCGAAUCGGAGUCGAUUCUGGUGGUGCGUACGCCGAGCGUGUCAACCAGCAGCGCGAAAUGUCGUCGGGCGUGAUAGACAUCCUCGUGGACAUGGGUUUCAGCAUGUCCAAGGCGGAGAAGGCCCUGGAGAUCACCGGUAACAAAGGCGUGGAACCGGCGAUGGAAUGGUUGCUGGCCCACUCGGACGAGGCGGAAUCCGCGCCGGAGCCCGUUGUGGGCGAGAGCGCUCCGAUCCCGAGAGAGGCCGCCGACGCACCGAUACAGGACAACGUCGCUGGUGCUAGCAGCCAAUCGGUGUCCACGACUGACACGGCCAAAUCUAUGAAGUGCGAUGUAUGCAAUAAGCUCUUCAAAUCUAGCUUGGAAGUCGAGUAUCACGCCACAAAGUCUGGGCACGAUAGAUUUUCUGAGAGCACGGAGGAGAAGAAGCCUCUCACGGAGGAGGAGAAGCGGGAGCAGCUGAAGAUGCUGGAGGAGAAGUUGAGGCAGAAGAGGAAGGAGAGAGAGGAGCUGGAGAAGAAAAAUGCAUUUGAGAGGGAAAGGAAUAGGAUACGAUCGGGAAAGGAGAUGUCUGAAGCCAGGAAGAAAUUGGAAGAGCUGGAGAUGCAGAAGCUCCUGGAACAAAGAAAACGAGAGAAGGCGGAGGAGAAGGAAGCGAGGCAAAGAGUUCGGGCGCAAAUAGAGGCUGACAAAGCGGCGAGGCGAGCUAAAGCGGCUGCUGAAAACAGUCAACCGGUUAAUGCUACUGUGGCUCCGUUAUCAGUGGCACCUUCAUCCACAUCCACGCAUCAUAGAAAGGAUUACACUGAAACCAGACUUCAUCUUAGGCUUACCAAUGGACAAACCUUGACACAAAGCUUUGGAAGCAAGGAACAAUUGUCUGCAGUAAGACUGUUUAUUGAAAUGAAUAGGACAGACGGUGCUGGUCCCUUCCAGUUAAUGACCACGUUUCCCAAGAAAGUCUUUACAGACGAGGAUUAUGACACGCCAUUGGAUGUGUUAGGCCUAGUACCCUCGGCGGUCGUGAUCGUUCAAAAGAAGGUGGAAUGAUGUAGCCAGUAAUGCCCUAAUUUCUGGCACACACUCGCAUACACUCGCGCGCACGAAUACAUACAUACAUGAUUUUAAGGCUUUUGUUUACUCAUUGUAACCAUUUUGGAUUGAAUGACGUCAGAAGCGAGAAAAUUAUGAGAAAACAAUUCUUGCAACGUAUAUUAAAAUAAAAAUGUUUUUUCAAUAAAAUAGCAUUUAUAAUUGAUAAAAUAAACUUGUAAAACAUAUUCAAAACUCCCCCUCUCCCCUUUUCGUUUGGGUAAUGAGCACACAACCCAUAUAUAAAUUGAAUUAAAUUGCGUUUCACAGCUGCCGAAUUGAAAUAAUUUUUUUUUCAUGUUAAGUUACAUAUUACAUUAUGACAAAGUGAGAGUCUCCGAUAUACUUUAAUACUUUAACAAUUAUUUUUAACAUAAAAACACUGCAUUAAUACGAAAAAUGACGUUGUACGUUGCAAGAAUAAUUUAGCUUUUUGACAUUACUUUUCAAAAUUUUCCCCCUCUCCCCUCCCUCCACCUUGUAGACGUGUUCACAAUUUUGCCAAGGGUGACUUGAUAAUCGAGCCAGCAGAAGCCUUUAUAUUACUGUUAUGUCUAUUACAUGAUAAUAUGGUAUAUGAUUAGGACAUGUUAUCUUCGGAUCUAGCACAAUUCAUAGGAAAGUGGUACACGUCAUCACAGUCUGCCAAUUGUAAUGUUUUGUAAAAACAAAUUCCCUUAUCUCUCCUGAUUACAUAUGAUUCUCCUGGAAGAAAGUAAAGUAUACAUUUAUUAAAAACGACUAUAUGUUUAGUUUUUUUUAUAUCUACUGCUUUCUUUCGUCCGAAAAGAAACAAUUCAAACGAUGCUCAUUUACAGAGUAAUUCGAAAGAUCAUUUGAAUAUCGAGCCAAAUUUCCUUUAAUUCGCCUUCUAUAGACGCUAGAGCGAUUUAAUUAAAUUCUAACAAAUUGUUACCAAACUGUGGGUUUAAUGUACUAUAUUUGGUGGACCAAAUUUUGUGGACGGCCCACGCGUCGUGUUCAGUUAACGAGCAACUGCGUGUGUCAGCAUUCAUUUCGUUAUACGAAACAAACUGUUCACGACUAUUUCUGAAUAAAUAUGAGGACAUCAACUUCGUUGAAUGUUAUAUAAAUCAUUAGAAUUAUAUCUAAAAAUUUUUAAUUGUCUGUAU